UGAAAGCAUUGCGUCAGUGUUUUGCGGAGCCCUCUGCACAUUCACACACAGCUGCUGCACUUACAUUCAUCACGCACGUCUUUGUUAGUUUAAGGACUAUAAAUCUGCACUGAAUUGAUCGGAUCUAAAGCGACACUGCGGAGUUACAAGCAAAGAUUUAGUGACUUUAGAGCCAUCAAGUUUACACAAUGCAGGAACAUCUGAUUUCCAGCAUUUUGUCUGAAGACUCCAAUCUUCCAUCCACCCCAACAUCUGAUGCUUCAUCCAAGCGUUUGUCCUGGAGCAGACUGCUUCAGAAGCUCCACAGCCUGGACUCAGACUCAGACAAUCAAAGCAGUACAGAUGACCAGUCUGAUACAGGUUCAAUAUCCUUGCCCGAUUUGUCAGAAAGCGAGAUGUUUUUUGACCCGAGCGAGGAGGCUCUCUGUAAAGAUGUGGUCCAGCUCAUCGCAGAUAACCUUACCGAAGCUAAAGACGGCGUAUUGCACUGCUCCAAACUUCUCAUUCCUGAGAAACUUCUGGAGCACAUUGGCCAGGAGCUGGUCCAUCUAUCUGUCAGCGAGCCCUGCGGCCUGCGAGGGGCGCUCAUCGACCUGUGCGUGGAGCAGGGGGACAACUGUGAGGCCGUGGGGCAGAUAGCGGUGGACCCUUACCUGGUGCCUACCUUUCAUCUGACUCUGGUGCUCAGGCUGGACUCCAAAGGUCUCUGGCCUAAAAUCCAGGGGCUUUUCACGGGCAGAUCUCCAGCCUCACCUGUGCUCAGACAUGCACUUAAACUCAGCACUGGAUUUCGAGUUAUUAAAAGAAAACUGUACAGCUCUGAAGAACUACUGAUUGAAGAAUGCUGAGAGACUGACUAUAGUUUUUUUAUAUAUAUAAAUUUCAUGUAACGGUUUUGUUCUUUCUCAUGAGAGGACUGAAGUUGUGUGACUGUUGAAAGCAGUAAGUUACGAGUCUUCCAGCAGGGCAUUUUUAAAUGCAGUUAUAGGGUACAUAAAGGACUAAAAGAUUAUGUAAUACAGUAUGUAUGGUAUGCAGAUGUUGCACUUUGCUAACAGUUUGCAUUGAGACGGGUUUUUUUUAUUUUUACGAAACGUUUACCUCAGGUUUAUGGAAACCAGAUGUGGCAGCUAUUUUGCAUGCAGUCGUGUAGCAAACUUCAUGUGAUUUUUGUUUUUAUUAUUUGUCUUUCAUGCAAGUGCCAGCUCACUGAUCGAUUCAACAAUGUGUCUGGAUGUGACCGGAUGCCCUUUGUUCAAAUCAAUGUUUGUUGUUUUUAAAUGCAUAUCCAUGCAUCAUAUUUAUUUGAUAUUCAAAUACAAUGUGUACUUUUUGUACUUUUCAUUUAAAGUGCAGAAAAUAAAUUAUUUUUUGAAGAAAAGAA